AUGCUGCUUGCGAUGCUGGGAAACUGGGCUGUACUUGGGACACCUAUCUACCCCAGUAUGGAAGCCGGACAAACCAUUGCAUAUAUAUCUGACAUUGGAGCGCAGGGGUUGAAACCUCUGUUCAUCACAGGCAGCGUCAUCACCGUUGUCUUUCUGGAUUUGUCCUUCGUUUCUGAACGAUGGCUGCGACACUCCGGGCAGUUGGUGCCGAACAGGGGCUGGUUUGACAAGUUCUGCGCUGUCGCUUCGAUAUUCUUCGCGGUCGCCGGCGCACUGGGAUUGAUCCUACUCGCGUGCUACGAUACGCUGCAUCAUUCGCAUUAUCACAAUGGAUUCCUGCUCAUGUUCCUUGUCGGAUACCUGGUCAGUGCGGUGCUCAUCUGCAUCGAGUAUCUGUGGCUGGGGAUCUUCUAUCGCUCGCAGCAUCGCAUCUUAUUCGCGAGCUUUCUGAUCAAACUCGCGUUUGUGAUCAUCGAAGUCGCACUAGCCAUUGCGUUUGGUAUCUGCACUCGCCGUAACUCUGGCAAGAAAAAUGUGGCCGCUGUCUUGGAAUGGGUUAUUGCUUUCGUUUUCACCGGGUAUAUCCUCUCCUUUGUGGUCGAUCUUCUACCCUCUGUGCGAACACGUCGCCACAUCCCUCAGGGCGAAAAGCGCCUCGAAAUGGCCCACGAGGGGCCCAAUGCUCCUCAUCCUCAUCGCAACGGGGCCAGUGGAGGCUACGUGGUUGAGGAGCCCCUGACGAGGGAUUCUACCGGGCCCAACGCCAACUUCUACCGCGGGCAGCGUUCUACCGGUUACUGA